GCUCGCUUUGGGAGGAGGAGAAAGUUGACGAGAGGAAAGACGUGGAGGACAAGACCGUCAGGUUUUAGAAGCAAUAUAGGCGACAUGGAGUGACGUUGUCACCUUCAAUGAAAGCGUCUGGGAACGAAGUCCCUGCUUAAUAGAAAAAUAGGUCGCUCGUUAAAGAACCGGUCAAAAUGGACGGAGGGUUGAGCAUUACUUUGAUAUCGGUCGCAAUGUUUGUCGGUUGUUUCCUACUCGGAUUCAUCCCUCUUUUGUUUCAACUUUCACAGAGAAGCCUGCAUUUUGUCUCCAUCCUGGGUGCGGGCUUCCUGUGUGGGACAGCCCUUGCCAUCACCAUCCCUGAAGGAGUGGACCUGCUGCAAGACGCAUGGACUCAUGGGCAAGCUUCUUCCUCUGCUGCCAAUACCAACUCCACAGGAACAGGCCCCUCACCUCAGGUGUACAUGGGGUUGGCGUUAACGCUUGGCUUCACCUUCAUGUUUAUGGUGGCUCAACUCGGAAGUUACUUUUCCAUGUGUGGAAAAACGUCUCCAAACAGUAACGCCAUCACAGCCACAUUAGGGCUGGUGAUCCACGCAGCAGCUGAUGGAUUCGCUCUGGGUGCAGUGGUGGCCACGGGCCAGGUGACUGUGCAAAUCAUUGUGUUUUUUGCUGUGAUUCUACACAAGGCCCCUGCAGCUUUUGGUUUGGUUGCCUUCCUGAUGCAUACAGGCCUGGAAAAGAAGUCCAUCCAGGGACAUUUGUUGGCCUUUUCUGCUGCCGCACCGAUAGUUGCCAUCGCCACAUACUUCAUACUGCACGCGUCUUCUGCAUCCUCUGAAAACCAGCUCACUGCAACCGGCGUGGGAAUGCUCUUUUCUGCUGGGACUUUCCUCUUUGUGGCCACAGUACACGUUCUGCCUGAGGUUAUCAUCGGCAGCAGUAGUCACGGUUUAGCAGACCAACAACACUCCAGCAGUAACCUCCAGCAGCAGCAGCACCAGCACCAGCGCCACCUAGGCCCCCAGGAGAGCCUCACUCUUGUUCUCGGGGUGGGUCUUCCUCUGCUGCUUACGCUGGGACUUCAUAAUGACUGAGAAGGUGUGUAAGUGUGCAUGCUGAGAGAUGCUGUCGCUAAGCCAACAUGCCAAAGAAAAAUCAAUUGAGAACUAUACCACUCGAUAAUACAUCACCGCAUAUCAUAGCAAUCCCACAAUGUUCAGAGAAGCGUAUCUGGAUGCUUACUACUGCACGGCACCAACUUUGCUCUAAUCUAAAUAUAACUCAAAUGGUGCUGGAGAAAACGCCAAAAAACAACAACAUUGAACGCAUCACUUAGAAGAAGACAGUUUACUUUUCUGCUUGUGGAUGUUGACCACAGUAAGAUGAAUCCUAUUCAAGAGGAAGUUAAGUGAAGUACAACAACAUGGUAAGCCAACAUUAGCAUGUAUACGGUGAUGUCAAAUAAACGACCAGAAGUGGUUUACGUCACCAAUAUGGUAUCUGCUUUGCAUUAUGGGAACUUAGAGUAUAUAGACCAGGUACGAAAAAUUUUAAUGUUCUCAUCAAUUACUAUUAGAGCCGCGUAGAGCUAGUAACACCAGGCAGUGGGAAAGGGGCAGUACACUUGAUCCAGCAGAAUUUGUAAGAUAAAGGUUUACUUUAUUUUACACAGAAGGGAUUAAAUUGUUAAAUUAAUUUGUAUGAAUAAAAUCUUAUUUUUCAUAUUGAAUAACUUUUCCUUCCUCGCUUGUGUCUGUUCCUGCCAACUCUCCCCGUCCUUCCUCUUCUGUAAGGUACAAAAGAGCCCCCUUUCCUUAAGUUCAUUCAUUCAUUCAUUUUCUACCGCUUUUCCUCAUGAGGGUCGCGGGGGGUGCUGGAGCCUAUCCCAGCUGUCUUCGGGCGAAAGGCGGGGUACACCCUGGACUGGUCGCCAGCCAAUCACAGGGCACAUAUAGACAAACAACCAUUCACACUCACAUUCAUACCUAUGGACAAUUUGGAGUGGCCAAUUAACCUAGCAUGUUUUUGGAAUGUGGGAGGAAACCGGAGUACCCGGAGAAAACCCACGCAGAGAUGGUCAAGGGUGGAAUUUAACCCUGGUCUCCUAGCUGUGAGGUCUGCGCGCUAACCACUAAUCCGCCGUGCCGCCUUCUUUUAAGUUGAUUUUUUUUAUUUAAUUUUUUAAAGUUACAAAUAAACUCUAUGGACUCUUCCUAGCAACAGACAGUGAUACAAAAAAGGGAAGAGGGAAAAUGUUACCGCUCGCGACCUACAUAAAGUUUUAUUUAAUUAAUGACGAUUUGUUGGAUGAGUGGAUGUACUGUGUUUAUUCCUUCCUAGCACAGUGGCAGCCUGCCUAAAUAUUUGGCACCCUGCCAGUUAUUGUCUCAUAAAUAUGGCUAAGUAAGUAUAUGUAAGUGCUUGGGGCAAUGCCAUGACAUCAUUCUGUCCAUAACAUCACCAUCUUGUAGAAAAAAAAAAUUGUGCAAAUGUUUGCAGUGAGAUAAGUAAUAGCUCAGACACCCUGAACAUGCUGCACAUUUAGUUUAUUCAAUGAACAUGAGUGUUUAGUUUGCAUUUGCUUGUCGCUUGGCAUUCAAAGUGGGUGUGAAUGACCUGCGUCACAAUGAAAUAGCACAUUGUGAUCCAGUUUACCCUGGUUAACUUGAUCUCAGUGAAACCUUCCCUAAGGGAUAGUAAUUGUUGUGGAUUACAUGACCCUUCCACUGGGUGUUGUACUAUACUGCACUGAUGAAUUUGGUAGACAACAAAAUGCACUACUCGAAUGUCAUUGUAAGGACUUCCCAAAUGUUGGUAAUCAGAGAAGACGGGAGAGGCCACUGGUAUGUAACAACUAUAGUUGCUUCUGAGAUACCACUGUGUUUGGUCUCAUUAGAAAUUUGAUGCGAUUGUUUGUGUAAAUAGUUGAAGUGGGAACUAAAACAUGAAAAUCUACUGGAGUUGAGCUGAUAAGGUGGUUUUAUCAGACUCAGCUUUUGUCCGAAAGAACGUAACAAGAAUGUGUUGCCUUUAAUCACAUUUUUUCUUCACAUGUCUUA